GGUAUGUAGGAAGCGGUGUGGCGGACAGCCCUAUGAGGGAAUCGGACUAGCUAAUUAUUUUGUUGGAUGAUAACCACAGUUAUUACACCACUUUAUUGCGUUUUAAAUCGACAAGAUAUCAAGUCUUUGACGUCAAAAGGCCGGCUGAUUUUGACUCCAAGUCGUCGGUGCGAACGGACAUAAGAUGUCUGAAACGUACGAUUUCCUCUUCAAGUUCCUGGUGAUUGGCAGUGCUGGGACAGGGAAGUCCUGCCUCCUCCACCAGUUCAUCGAGAGCAAGUUCAAGCAGGACUCUAACCACACCAUCGGGGUGGAGUUUGGCUCCCGCGUGGUCAACGUCGGGGGGAAGACAGUGAAGCUGCAGAUCUGGGACACUGCUGGGCAGGAACGCUUCAGGUCUGUGACACGCAGUUACUACCGUGGAGCAGCAGGAGCUUUGCUCGUUUAUGACAUCACAAGCCGAGAAACGUACAACGCCCUGACGAACUGGCUGACAGACGCACGCACCCUGGCCAGCCCCAACAUCGUCAUCAUCCUGUGCGGGAACAAGAAGGACCUAGACGCUGACCGGGAGGUGACCUUCCUGGAGGCCUCGCGAUUCGCCCAAGAGAACGAGCUGAUGUUCCUGGAGACCAGCGCUCUGACUGGGGAGAAUGUGGAGGAGGCAUUCCUCAAGUGCGCCCGGACCAUUCUCAACAAAAUCGAGUCAGGUGAGUUGGACCCGGAGCGGAUGGGAUCAGGGAUCCAGUACGGAGACGCGUCUCUGAGGCAGCUCCGACAGCCCCGUGGUACUGCAGCACAGAACAGACAGCAGUGCAGCUGCUAGGGGCGCCCCCUCCAGCGUGCAGGACCCCUCUCCCAUUCUGCACCCUCCCCCCCUUUGAGGAACCUGGGUCCUUCUCCUCAAAGUCAUUCUGCAACCUCUGACCUCUGUUGCCCUCUGACCUUUGACCUCCAACAAGGGAUUCACCUCUCAGCCCUGUGGGAGAGUGCUGGAGCUUGGUGCCUGGGCUGGUGGAACCCGCCAGGUCACAGGGGGGUGCCUCAGUACCGCACACAUGGGACAGGGUUAAAGACUGGGGGGGGGGGGUGUGGG